AUGCGAUUUGCAAUCCUCUUAUUGGGGUCGGUUCUCCAAAGCCAGCUGUGCCACGCUGCGAAGGUGGCGGAGGAGUACAGCCACUUAUUCGGCACACCAAACCAGUCAGAGACAUUUGACUAUUUGAUCGUCGGCGGUGGCAACUCCGGCCUUGUGGCAGCCAUGCGCCUGUCCGUCGAGGGCAACUACUCGGUUGCUGUCGUGGAAGCUGGCGGCUUCUACCAGGACGACGCAGGCAACACCACGGAGUUCCCAGCCUAUAACUCCCAAUACAUGGACGAGCCAGGCACCAUCGACUGGAAGCUCACGACCAAGCCCCAAGCACAACUAGGGGGUCGGUCCGUCCCUUACGCCCAAGGAAAAACACUCGGUGGCAGCACGGCUCGGAACGCCAUGGUCUACCAGCGGGGCACUGCAAGCUUCUACGACCUCUGGGCGACGACCGUCGGUGAUACGAGCUACGGUUGGGAUAGUAUCCUUCCCUUCCUCAAAAAGAGCGUUUCCUUCACCCCAGCUGAUGAAGAACUCCGCGGCGGGCCGGCCGGCACCUCGGACAUGACUGCCUUCGAUCCCGAGGCGGGGCCUCUGAAUGUGGGUUACUGGAAUUAUUUUGUGCCCGUGUCCGCUGCCUUUGCGAAGGGCAUGGAGUCUUUGGGGCUGAAGGAAACUCCGACCGGAAUGAACAGCGGCGAAGUCCUCGGCUACGCGCAGUUUCCGGCCGCCAUCGACAGCGAGACACAGCUGCGGGAUUCCUCUCAGACAUCUUUUCUCAAGGCGGCGGCCAAUUGCGCCGGGGAGAGAUUGAGAAUAUACCCUAAUACGCUGGCGAAACGGAUCGUAUUCAAUGCUAAAAAGGCCGCGUCUGGUGUCGUCGUCAGCUCUGGUGGACCUGAAUACGUUCUCAACGUCAAAAGGGAGGUUGUGUUGGCUGCCGGGGCCUUUCGCACGCCGCAACUGCUUAUGGCUUCUGGCGUAGGACCACCCGGCGUUCUCGAGGAGAACAAUAUAACUACAGUUAAUGCGUUAUCAGGUGUUGGACAAGGUAUACACGAUCACCCGGGAUUUGCUGCUGUUUACACAGUCAAUGGUGUCUCACAGCACAGGUUGUGGAACAACGCAGAAUACAAGGCCUUGGCAGAGGAAGAAUACAGACAAUCUGUCUCUGGUCCUUUGACGGCUUUUGCAGUCAACUAUAUCUUGUUUGAUCGGUUGCCCAAAGACGCGAACAUUAGUGCGGACCUACGCGAAAGCCUUGAGCAAUACCCCGAGGAUUGGCCACAUGUCGAGUAUAUCUGGAACGCGGCUGGGCAAGCAACAAACACACCUGGUGACUACCUUGCGCUUGGCACUGUACUUCUCACCCAUGCGUCGCUCGGUUCCGUCACUAUCAACUCUUCAGACACGGCCAACCCGCCUGUUGUCGAUGUCAGAUGGCUUUCAAACGACACCGACCGAGAGCUUGCUAUUGAGGGCGUGAAGCGCGCCCGUGCUUUGGCGGCUUCCACAGGGGUGAUUAUAACCGAAGUAGCCCCUGGCCCCGAUGUACAGAGCGACGAGCAGAUCUGGGAAUGGAUCAAGGCGAAUACUGUGACGGCCCACCACGCCACUGGAAGCUGUAAGAUGGGCCGAAAGGAUGAUGCCUCGGCCGUUGUCGAUGCCAAGGGCUGUGUAUUGGGUGGCGUCUCGUCCUUACGUAUCAUUGAUGCUAGUAUCAUCCCAAUUGCGUUUCCAGGCCAACCAAUGGCGACCAUUUGUAUGUCAACCCCUAUCCAAGCACUCAUCGAUAUGGAGCUCAAUUCUUUGUAUAUUUGA